CAUUGAGCUCAUUGAGUAGCGGACAAUUGCAGUGAGUAUCACCAUCAGUACCACAACCGCACGACAAGCCCCGGUGCUCAGACCGACCUACCGACCUACACACAGAAAAUCCGCCACAGUCAUUCCCUGACAGCCAUGAAACAGACUCUGCUCGAGCUGAUGAGGAUGAGCAGAAUAUGCCGGAUGGUACUCGCCACUUGUUUGGGAUCUUUUAUUCUGGUCAUCUUUUAUUUCCAAAGUAUGUUCCAACCAGUCAUGCGGAGGAACCAGUUUGCGGCGGACGUGUGCUGUAGGAAAGGCUCCCGCAACGCACUGCAGGAACUCUACAACCCCACACAGUCGGAGUUCUCCAGUGCCGCCAUCCUCCACCAGGGGAGGAGAGACCAGGUAGCAGAGUCAUGUCGGGCCCAGAGUGCAUCCAGCCGCAAGCGCCGGGUCUUGACCCCUGGUGACCUCAAACACCUGGUGGUGGAUGAGGAGCAUGAGCUCAUCUACUGCUAUGUCCCCAAGGUGGCCUGUACCAACUGGAAACGCGUCAUGAUGGUCCUCACGGGACGCGGCAAGUACAGUGACCCUAUGGAGAUCCCUUCCAACGAGGCCCACGUCCCGUCCAACCUGAAAUAUCUGAACCAGUACAGCAUUGCUGAGAUCAACCACCGCCUCAAGAGCUACCUCAAGUUCCUGUUUGUCCGGGAGCCCUUCGAGAGGCUCGUCUCCGCUUACCGCAACAAGUUCACCCUCAAGUACAACUCCUCCUUCCACCGCCGCUUCGGCACCAAGAUCGUCCGCCGCUACCGCAAGAACGCCACGCAGGAGGCGCUGCUCAACGGCGCCGACGUCAAGUUCCGGGAGUUCGCCGAGUAUCUUGUCGACCCGGCCACGCAACGCGACGGCCCGCUCAACGAGCACUGGCAGACGGUGUACCAGCUGUGCCACCCCUGUCACAUCCACUAUGACCUGGUGGGCAAGUACGAAACCCUGGAGGAAGACGCCAAGUACGUUCUGCGGCUGGCGGGGGUGGGCGAGUCGGUGCGCUUCCCGACCUACGCCAAGUCCACCCGCACCACAGACAGCAUGACGGCCCAGUUCUUCAGCAACAUCAGCUCCCGGCAGCACAGCCAGCUCUUCCAGCUGUAUAAACUGGACUUCCUUAUGUUCAACUACUCCACGCCAAGCUAUCUGCGACUGGACUAACGACUAGAGGACCAGGACUUGACUAGCCAGCUGGGACUCUGGGCACGAUCCACUUUUAAUAAGAGAAGAAAAAAAAUAACUGAGAGAGAGGAGAAUGGAUAUUUUUGCGAAAGCUUUAUUCAAAAACUGUCGUCACUGUUUCUGGGGGUGAAUAGGAAGGGCUGAGGUGAAUGGGAGGGACAGAGAUUGAGGAAAGGUGCUGGAUCCGAUUGGAUGUGAAAGAGUCUUUGUUAUCCAAUCAGCAUUGUCCUGAAGGUAAUAAAUGAGGAAGGGGAGAUCCUAUACCAUGAGAAUGCAGGGUUCAGGCGGAGCUGAUGUCAGAGGAUUUCUAAGAGGGGAAAUAGAAGAGAGAAGCAGGGCUCUUGGAGAGUGGUCAAUGUGUGUUCUGUAUGUAAAUGAGUUGGGACUCUUGACCAAUUAGGCUGCUUUGGAUUUUGCACAGCAAAUGGUGACCUCGCAUGCACGCGCCCUGGCCCCAAAGCAUCAUGGGAGCUGAGCUUAUUUUAUAACGAACAAUAACGAAACUCCGUCAAAUUGUAAAACACAUCCAUGUCCUUCAGUGUGCUGUAUCCUGGGUGUGUUUGAUAGCACCCACCAAUUAUACAUUUGAUAAGUAUACUGGUUCUUGGCUCCACCUCAAGCCCUCCUCAUUAUAGCUGUCUAUUGACUUUGCUCUAAAGACCUCUAGAACCAUCAGGUGUAAACAGUGGAGCUACAAUUUACAGCCAACUGCUCUAAAGUAGUAGCUAUGCUGUCAAGAUCACUAACGUCAUAGGUGAAAAGAACUCCUGAGGUUUGCCAGGUGAGGCCUCAGACUCCCACAGCAGCAUCUGAAACGGCGGCCUUUUUAGAAAGAUGCUGAGCACCCUCAAGGCUUUAAGCCACAGGAAGUGGUCAGAAGGAGAAAGGAAGUGCCGUUGUGAAUGGGUUUACCGGAUGUGAUUGACAGGUGUUAGGGGCCUCCCACUGACCCAGAGAGGAACUGAAGAAGAGAUGGCUCGUGUGGCUGUGAAAGGGUUUAAGGGACAGGAUCUCAUAACCCCGCCCACGCCACGCCCUUAAAACAGGGAGGGCCAUAACCCCGCCCACGGGCAAUAAUCCCCCUCCGCUUCGACGACCAAUCAUGUAUUUUAGUAAAUUAAGUCUUUUUUUUUUUAUGUCUUCGUUUUAUUGUCUUAUGAAAACAUUGCUGCGAGCAGCAAUAAAAAAAUAUUAUUUAAACUGCUUUUACUGCCGGGGGGUGGGGGGGGGGAGAUUUUAAUAUUUGUUUUCUUGGCAGAUGAACGUUUCAGUAGAUUUUUAAAGAUGAGUUUUAUGAGUUUUGUUUCUCAUGUUUUUUUGUCCUGAGUUGCCUCCGGUACACUGUUAAUGAUAACAUUUUAAUUUUCUUCCUUUUUACCAAGGGUGUACAAUGUAGUGAAGUCUGUGGCUUUGGUUUCUCUGUGCGUGAGAGCUGGGACUUCCCAUGGGAUUUAGAGUUAUUCCCUCUCUCCCCCUUAGUCAACUGAGUCUGGUGCCAAAGGGUUGGAACACUGCCAAUGGCAGAAAGGGUCGACUCAACUCUUAUCAGUACUUUUCGCUACAUCCAAUAAUUUACAAAAAUGAAAACAUAAACUACAGCACGAGAAAAGUAUUCCACAUACAUAUCUACAUCGCAGGCUACUGCUCAGAAUCAGAAACAAGAGCAGUGGUUGCCUUGAUAAUGAUCGAUAAUGGAACCGUCUACCUUUGAGUCUGGCGGUGAAAGUCAGGUCUGUGUGUCGCCCUCAGGUGAAAGUGCAGUGUCUAAUCAUUACUCUGUGUAGUCUAUGGGAUCACAGAGAGUCGUAUACACAGUGCAGGGGUGGGCGACGGAGGGAGAGAGAAGACAACUUAAUUAGCCAAGCUGGGAGGGAGGGAGUCCUCUUUAUUCUUUACACCCCUUUGUCAUUCUUCCUCCACUCAGACUUCAAAGAGAGAGGGACGUUUAUUGGGAAAGUUGUGUAUUUUUAUAUUGCUAGGAAGUAACAGCUGCACAGAAAUGAUUCACUUCUAUAUUCAUCCCUCUGACUGUUUAGUUUAGACAGGCGGGGUGACUAAUGACAAGCUCACCUCAUUCUGUCAUAGCUUCUAAAAUAUUGGUGUCAGUUGUGUAUGCUUGCAUGUGUGUGUUGUUAUAAUUAGCAACUGGUUUGGAGGAACAAGGUCCUCCACAUCUGGCUCUGAUAAAGAGGAAGGCUGCUGGUUUGGAGGAACAAGGCCCUUCACAUCUGGCUCUGAUAAAGAGGAAGGCUGCUGGUUUGGAGGAACAAGGCCCUUCACAUCUGGCUCUGAUAAAGAGGAAGGCUACUGGUUUGGCCUACAUCUCCGACUCCAUCCACUUACAGAAACAAUGGGAGCAUUCUGAGCUCUCCCUCCUCUCUCUCUCUCACACACACACACACACACACACACACACACACACACACACACACACACACACACACACACACACACACACACACACACACACACACACACACACACACACACACACACACACACAGAGAUAUUGAUGCCACGCAGCCCCUUACUCAGCAGCUGUACUCUAGUUGAGGGUUGGUAAGUGAGGUACGGAGGGAGAGGGGGGGUUUGGUUGGGUAUGGACACAUUUAAAACACCACACACUCAGCUUAUCUCUAACUGCCUAUUUAGCCUCCAAAAUGAGACACUUUACCCAAAGGCUUUAUGGAGUCCUCUCCUGUGCUCUCCUCUUGACUCCAACCUCUCCCCAAACAGCCCCAUAUAAAAACAGAAGUGGGUUUUUGGACAGUGGCAGUGAUCUCUACCCUCGCAACAGGAAAAGGACUGGCUUCUUAUACAAACAGAGCUGUUAAAAUCCCACAGAGGCCCAGCCUAACGACCCCUGUGGAAAUACUGACCUGAUUCAAACAUGUUUUAUUCUCCAUUCUUAUUCCAUCUCCUAGCUCACUCUACCUAUAAAUCCACCUGAAUCCAAUUCUGACAUGUCCAUUUAGUGUUCUUGUGCUGUAUAAGUAUUUAUUGACAAGUGUACGGGUAUAUUUAUGUUGUUGGAGAACGACGUCUAUUGUUGGACUGAAUGACAUAUUUACUGUGUUGCUAAAUGCAGAAGCACAGGAAGUGCACGCUCCUCUGCACAUACGUAAACAUAUCCACUCUGGGGCCGGGGGUUUCUAGCCAGAGAUAAGCAUGGAUGGGGCAGUAUUCUGUCAGGGGUUUUAUUGUGAAUAGUUUAUCUUUCUGUCUGAGAUAUUCUUAUUCAAUCAGUAUCUGUGCAACAGUAAAAACAUCCCCAUAAUGCCCAUGGACCUUCCUUUGUGUUACACAUAAAAGGGUCCCCAUGAUGUUUCCUGCUGUCACAAAUUAGCCCUUUGGUACCAACUCUCAGACCAUGAGGCUUUUCAGAAAUGUUCAAAAUAUUGCCAACUGUUGAAAUCUCUGGAAGGUGGUUAGAGAAGAUCUCCCACUCAACUGCACAGGAACCAAAGUCUGGAAUGGUAAUAGAGCUCUUUUAUUUUCCCUUUCCCUGUCUUAAUUAUGUCUUUCUAUGUUGUUCUGUUGUAUUCCUCUGUCAGCAACACUCCACAGCAGCUUCCACACAUUUUUCAUUGACCUCAUAGAAAUAUAACAUAUAGAUAGAACACAGUUUAUGAUUAUGUCCAAUCCAUUCUAUGGUUGCCUCCUGCAUAGCCUACAGUACAUGACCACAGGGCACUUCAGUUACCACAGACAGUACCUUUUAUAGGGUCACCACAGACAGUACCUUAUAGGGUCACCACAGGCAGAGUCAAUGGGUGCUGAAAUGAUCUGUGCCUUUUCAUUCCUCUCAUUGGAGCACAUUACUGUCAUCUGAUUGGUCAGUCCACACACACACACACACACUCUUAAAUUGUCAGAUUCAAGUUGAAAAACAGCAUCCCACACACUAACACAGUCAUAUCACCUGUAGAGAGACUCAUGUGACCACAUCAUGAGGCUAUGCAAAUAGAGGGAUUUUGAAACGCUUGCUCUGCUCAGAUCUUCCCUCUUCUCCUAAGCCUUCUUCUCCUAAGCCAGAUACUGGAUGGUUUUCUGUGGCUCUGUGUUGCUCAGAGGUUGUACGUACACCCUUCAAAACCACACCUCAACCCUCAGAUCUCGGUGUGCUGGUUUCAGUGUUCUCAUCCGUUGCCAAAUAGUGAGAGUGUGUGUUGAGCUGUGUUCACUUAAAUCAAUGUUGUUGAGAGUCUAGGCAGGCUCCUCUGCUGUCAGAUGCCAUGUCAUCGGCCAGUGUGUGUGUCGGAGAGGUCACAAUGUGCUGUACCAACGAGUGUGUAUCUGAGCUGUGUGUGUGUAUUGGAAAGGUCGCUGUGUACUGUACCUGCGAGUAACUUAAGAGUAACUCGAGGAACUCACUCAAACAGGCUACGUUGCAUUUAUUUAUUCAUUCCCCAACGACUACUCAUAACAUUCCUCCUGGUGGUCUCCAUGGCAACACACCUGGACUUUUCUCACGGGACAGACUGUCGGUUCAUCAUCAAGGCCCUCUCACCAGAAACAUGAAUAAUUGAAUAUAUCGACUGCAGGUAGUGGGAGAGGAGUUGUGAUUCCCCAGCAGUGUUCCAUGGUUCAUUCUGUCUGAUGUUUUCACAAUAAAAUGCCUCAAACAAA